AUGGCGACACCGCCCGCCUUCUUCCACGCGCUGCUGCGGCCCGCCAUGCUGCAGAUCCUGCGCGCGACGGGCUACCACGCCACGCGGCCCGCGGUGCUCGACGCCCUGACCGACCUCGCGGCGCGGUACAUGCUGCUGCUGUGCCAGCACACGGCGCACCACGCGGCCAGCAACCACGCGGCUGACCCGUCGCAGGCGGCCGACGACUUUACGAUAACCGACGUGCGGCUCGCGCUGCAGGACGUGGGCGCGCUGGGCGCUGAGCGCACCGUCGCCGAGGAGGCGUGGCGCGGCGAGGAGGACAUGCGCGGCGUCGAGGAAUUCGUCGAGUGGUUCGCGGGGCAGCGCAUGAAGGAGCUCAUGGAGUUUGGCAACGCCGACGGCGAGUCGGAGGCGACAGACUACCUGUCUGCGCUGAAAAAGAAACAUAAUCAAGCGGCCGGCGAUACCAAGUUCCAGGGCACCAUUCUCGGCAGGCCCGCCGAGGGCUCGCAGGUGCUCGUCGAGGGCGGGCCCGUGACGACGAUUGAGGAGUGGAUCGCGCAGCGCAGCCCGGACCUGAUGAAUGGUGGCGCGGGCGUGGGCGGCAAAGGUCAUGGUCAAGGCGUCAAUGGAGAGGGCCGACCGACGUCCUCGUCGGGGAGUAGUAGCUCCGGACUGAGCUCGGUCGACAGCGAGAUGCGCGACGUGGCGGGGGAUGGCGACACCAUGGACCUGUCGUGA